AUGAUUCCCCUGGAUCAAUCGUUUAUCAAUUUGUUUUACGUGGAAGCAAUUUUAUCCCUUGUGUUCAUAGCCUCAGUCAUACUAAUUUGUCUUAAUCUAAGAUCUCCCUCCAUCAAUCGUAACAGCCAUAUCAGUCCCGAGAAGGAAAAACUCAAUUCAAUUGAACUACGAAGCCUUCAAUCAUCAGAUAUACUAAAUGUGAUAACGAACCCCAGUUGUCCAAUUGUUGUUUCAUUUGAAUUAAACCAUACUGUUACUGCGUGGUCGCCGAGCUCUAAUGAAAAGCACAUCCUCGCAACAGAUAUAUGGCCGGUAAACCACAUUGCCAUCAGUGAUGAUGGAGUGUAUAUUAUCUUAAUCUGUUUCAAUAAGCAUUCAAUUUAUUGCUACAAGAACUUUCAAUUGAAAUGGAUACAACAGCAUCCUAGUAUAAAUCGAAGUACAAAAGUAUUGGAGUCCUUUUUCAGGCAUAAAACAGUUCCCGGGUUCUUGGCGAGGAAAUUACUUAGGGCCAAGCGUGGGAGCUCAAGCACGCUAGCGACUGAAUCGCAUAGCGCUAUAAUUCGUUGUCCAGAUUCCCCUAUACUAACAACCACCCAAACAUCGCCAUUUGCUGCACCACUUUCGCCGUCAUCGCGUACAAAUCCAGCUUCAAAGACUAAAUUAGAAAAUAUACCAGAAGACUUUGUGUUGGUGCUCAAUAAUGGUACGGUGUUGGUCAUCUCUGGUGAUGAGGGUUCUGUGGAUGAACAAGUUUUUGAACCGUUUACCGCUGCUGCUAAAGUUAAAACACCCAGAGUUAAUGACAAGAUUGUUUGUCAAAAAACCACUGGAGAAUUCAUUGUUGGAAUUGUGGUCAACAACAACUUUGUGUUUCGAGAGUUUCCUGUUAAAGUGUUUACUAAUGGGAGCUACAUGGUGACAACAAUGAAGCAAUCACAUAAGCUCAACCCACCUGUGAUGAUCCCGAUUGAGUUUAUUGGUAUGAUUGUGUCUGUUUGUGACUUUACCGCAAGCUUAAUCGAUGUUCAAACUGGCAUUGUGUUGAAAACGUUCAACAUUGGCCAUUUCAAACCAGGUACGUUCAAAGUUGCACAUUCACAACCAACACAUUGUAAAUUUUGCGGUUGUGUAUCAGUUACUUCAUUAUCAUUGGUGUACGAGGAUGACUCUGGCAUUUUAAUUGCCCACACAUACAAGAUUGACCUGCAAAGAUCGAAGAACAGUAUAUGCCUUCGUGCUGAAAGAGAUCCGAGAGAGAUUCGAUGUCUUGGUUUUAGCGCUGUUUGUGAAAGUCAAUAUUGGUAUGAAGAUAUAAAGUGUUGGCAAGUUAGUGAUGUGAAUAUGGUUAUCGGAUUCGAAAAGAUCAAAUGUCAAGAUAAAGCUUCGUCGACAAAGCCGAAUGCAUCAUCUGCAGUAUUUGAGAAUCAAGGGCUCACUUCACUUCGUCAACGAAACACGAAAUCAAAUGCCGCCGCAAGAGAAUCAUACGAAGGAUUCAUCAUUUCCCUUAGUGACGGGAAAAAGACAGCGUACCCACUACACCUACAAUCAAAUGUCCACAUAGUCUCAACCGCCAAAUACGGUUUCAAAUCAAUCCUCGUCAAUUUUGGCAACUGUUUCAAAAUAUUCUACCAAGGAAAUAACAAGUUAAUUGAAAAUGAUUUAUACUACAGCAACAACAAUACAAAUAGUCUAUCAUUCAUUAACAAGAGACGAAAUAUGAAGUAA